AUGUCUGGCGACGAGAUCCCCAUGGACGAUUUCUCCCCCUCCUCCGAGAGCAGCUUGUCCUGCUCGACGGGGCCAACCACCCCGAGCUCCAGCCCGCUGUUUCGGCCCUCGGAGAUCGACGACCUCAAGCUGGGCGCAGUACCGCAGUCGCGCGUCCUGAGCGAGACUAUGAUGGCCCGGACAGCGGUGAAGAAUAUCUGCGUCGUCGGCGCAGGAUACGUCGGUGGUCCCACGGCAGCGGUUCUGGCCCUCUACCACCCGUCCAUCUCGGUCGAAGUGCUAGACAGAGACCCAAGUCGCAUUCAACGAUGGCAGUCCCAGCAUCUGCCCGUCCAUGAGCCCGGUCUGGACACCGUCGUCCGCAUUGGACGUGACGGGGCGCAGAUCAACCAGGAGGCAGGCAUCGAGGCCGCUUCACCCGCCUCCAGGCGACCCCAGAACCUGUUUUUCACGUGUAAGUCCGCCCAGGCCAUUUCUCGGGCCGACAUCAUCCUCAUGGCAGUCAACACCCCGACCAAGAUGUUCGGCGUGGGUGCCGGGUGCGCCACCAACAUGACGGCGUUCGAUGGGGCCAUGCGCGAUGUCGCGGCCCACGCGAAGCCGGGCGCCAUCAUCGUGGAGAAGAGCACCGUCCCGGGAGGGACGGCGGAGCGGGUUCGCAAAAUGCUGGCAAUUCAUCGGCCGGGGGUGCCCUUUGAGGUGCUUUCCAACCCCGAGUUCCUCGCGGAGGGUUCGGCGGUCGAGAACCUCACAGCCCCAGACCGGGUCCUGAUCGGAUCGGCGGCGACCCCCUCGGGGCGCCAGGCGGCUCAAACCCUAGCCAACCUCUAUGCGGCCUGGGUCUCUCCGUCGCGAAUCCUCAAGACCAAUGCAUGGUCUUCGGAACUGGCCAAGCUCGUGGCCAACGCCAUGCUUGCCCAGCGCAUCAGUAGCAUCAACUCGAUCAGUGCCAUCUGCGAGGGAACCGGAGCAGAGGUGGACCAGGUGGCCAAGGCCAUAGGCAUGGAUAUGCGCAUCGGCCCACAGUUCCUCAAGGCGGGUCUAGGGUUUGGCGGGUCCUGUUUCCGCAAGGAUAUUGCCAGUCUCGCAUAUCUGGCCGAAUCCCUGGGCCUGGACGAUGUGGCCCAUUACUGGCGACAGGUGAAUGUAAUGAAUGAGCGACAGCGGGAUCGAUUUUCUCGUAAGAUCAUCGAUCGCUUCGAGGGAAAUCUGGUCGGCCGCAAGCUGGCGAUGCUCGGAUUCGCCUUUAAGAAGAACACCGGUGACACACGCGAGUCCUUGGCCGUGGAAAUCAUGCGCACCUUGCUGGAAGAGCGACCGGCCGAAAUUGCCAUUUUCGACCCAUACUGCCGCGAAGAAGAUAUUUUGCGUGAGUUGGCCGCGGUGUGUCCCAGCACGGCCCUGGAGCAGAUCGUGAAAGUUCACCCAGACGCCUACCUGGCCUGCGCCCAGGCACACGCCGUGCUCGUCGUCACCGACUGCGACCAAUUCCGCCACACGCCAGCCAAAGCGUCAUCCAACCCAUCCAUGAGCUCUCCAAUUCAGAAUGGGCUGGCGCGCACCGCUGCGACGGAAGGGGGCAAUGAGCUCUCCAAGGGAGCCUGCGGCCGACAGGGUCGCGACACCUGGACCCACGCGGGCGUGUCCUAUCAACUAGCCCCCCAAGCCGACUGUACCGCGGACUGUGGGGACUGCCGUUCGAUGUCGACCCGGCCGACGGCCACCGAGACGAUCGAAUGGCCACGCAUCGCGUACAAUAUGGUGGAGCCGAAGUGGGUGUUUGACGGGCGGGGAUUGUUGGACGCGGCGGAGCUGGAAAGGCUCGGUGUGCGGGUGGACGCGGUCGGCCGGCGGGCACUCGACGAGUGGGCGUAG